AUGUCUUGGAUAUUCCUCACCUUGUUCGGACUUAUCCUCGCCUUCCACCAGGCCGCACCAUCAGGAGUUUUUGAAUUGAGACUGAUUUCUUUCGACAACGAGGCCGGAAAAAAUGAUUUAGGAACAUGCUGUACUGGAAAAACUAGAUCGAAUUCAGAAUGCGAUGGAUUGUGUCGGCCGAGAUUCAGGGUUUGUCUCAAAGAAUACCAAGUCAAGAUCGACACCACUUCCAAAUGCACCUUCGGAGACAAGAUUACCCCCGAACUUGGACCUAACCCUAUGACGGAUACGCCGCAGAACGGAUUUUCCAACCCCAUCGCUUUGCCAUUCCCAUUUACUUGGCCGGGUACCUUUUCGUUGAUCGUAGAAGCAUGGCAUGGUAACGAAACAUCACAUUCUGCUGUGCUUGUCAGUCGCCUGACAAGGCAAAGGUAUCUGGACGUGAGCGAAGCCUGGACCGAGGACUUCCACACUUCCAAAUACUCCACUCUAAGGUUCGAAUACAGGGUGACGUGCGAUUCGCACUACUAUGGGAAAGGUUGCGAAAACCUGUGCAGACCCAGAGACGACAAUUUCGGCCAUUACAGCUGUUCUCCUACGGGAGAACGGGUGUGCUUGGCUGGAUGGACAGGAGAUUAUUGCACCAAACCGCAAUGUUUACCUGGUUGCGACGAACAACAUGGCCACUGUACACAACCGAAUGAAUGCAGAUGCCAGUCAGGAUGGGAAGGUCCUCUUUGUAACCAAUGUCAACGGUACCCUGGAUGUAUGCACGGCACAUGCGUGAAACCAUGGGACUGCCUUUGUAACGAAGGCUGGGGUGGACUUUUCUGCAACCAGGAUCUCAACUUCUGUACAAAUCACAAGCCGUGUCGUAAUGGAGGCACUUGUUUUAAUACAGGACAAGGCAGUUAUACCUGCAGCUGCUCACCAGGGUUCAAUGGAACUGACUGCGAAAUUCCUGCAGAUGAUUGCUCGAAAACUCCAUGUCAGAAUGGUGGUACUUGCGUCUCCAAAGGCGCCUACAAUGUCUGCUCUUGUCCACUCGGUUACAGUGGCCUUCAGUGUGAAACAAUUUCUGAUUCUUGCAACAAACAACCUUGCAAACAUGGAGGCACUUGCAGCAAUACAGAGAGCGGUUACCAAUGUGCUUGCAAACCUGACUACACUGGAAUCAACUGCGACAUCCAGAUCAACAGGUGUUCGCCAAAUCCUUGCAAAAAUGACGGUACUUGCGUCGAGGAUAACAAUGGCUUCCAGUGUGUUUGCUCGACUGGGUUUUCUGGAGAACUGUGCGAGGUCAACAUCGACGACUGCAAAGGAAAUCCUUGUCAGAACGGAGGAACUUGUGUUGACAAGAUAAAUGAGUUCCGCUGCCAUUGUGUGCCAGGCUACGUGGGACCAUUGUGCCAAAACCGCGUGGACUAUUGCAUCACCAAACCUUGCGCCAGUGGCGGAACUUGUUUACAGCUGAUCAAUGACUACAAGUGUAAAUGUGCUCCCGGCUUUGCGGGAAAAGACUGUAGUGAAGAAGUCGACGAAUGCCUAAUAAACCCUUGCCAACACGGAGGCACGUGCGUGAACCGAGUCCACGGCUUCGAAUGCUUGUGCUCGGUCGGUUUCUCAGGUCGGGAAUGUGACGAAGUAUCCUCUAGUGCCGCCCCCAGCGCUAGGGUCUCUUCCGAAUCCAAUCUCACCACCGAGCAUGUCGUGGUCAUCGCUACGAUUUCGACGUUCGUACCCUUGGUCGUUUUGGUGGCCGUCGGAGUGAUAAUCUGUCUGAAACAGCGACGGAAACGCGAAAAAGCCCGCGCUGACGAAGAAGCGCGGCUGCAGAAUGAACAGAACACUGCGAACAGUAGUUUCGCGAAACGCGGCGCAGCCAUGUCGGCCGAUCCUCACAUGAUAAAGAACUCUUGGGGCAAGUGCACAAACAAUGUGAUAAGCUCAAAUUUCCCUUCUCCCGAUGACUGUAGUGUUUCUAACAUCAGCAUCAAUGACUGUGAUGGUUUCCCGAAGCCCCAACAUCAGGUCAUCGAUGGGCGGCCUGUGUAUACGUUACAAAGGACGCGCUCACAGAAGCAGCUCAACACCGAGACGGGCGCUCGUGCCUCUGCAUUGCUUGCUGCCAAGCUGCACGAACCCGAUUACGAACACAUCAAACGUUUGUCUGUGAUGUCAAACGCGUCGGCUGUGUGUGGCUCCAGUGAUCCUUCGAUGUUGAAGAGGCCACUAGAGAAGGAGUCGAAUGGCGUUUAUGUGAUAGAAGAGCACUUUCAUACUCCAGAUGUAAUCUCGUCUGGACUCUUCGCAACAGAAGUGUAG